UUGGCGCUUACUUUUCCCGCACAUGUAGCUGGAAUAUGGUGGUAAACCCAACUUGUUUCCUCCGCGAUUACAGGCAAGCGUUAUCGCAGGAUGUGAGUGGGGACAUAGUGCAUUAUUCCCCCAUGCUUCACAACGGGAUUCUGGCCUUCGCAUUGGCCUUCUCGUCUAAUCAAGCACACCGGUCUCUAGAAUUCCGCCAGCGGUUCGCCACGCAAGCCAAAGUUCACUUCGACACUGAAUGUCAAACUCCGACUCUGAGUACUGUUCAAGCACUUGCUAUCCUGUCUUGUUUUCACAGCGGGGCUGCCGAGUUAGUUCUCAGCUUCACAUACUUAGGUUUGUUUUCCACCAGGUACAACGUGGUUAAAAGCAUUUAGACUCUCACUUUCACAGGCACGGCAAUCCGUGUUUCCCAAGCUCGUAAGUCAUUCCAAUGGCCAAUGGUAAGUUGUGACUGAAAGUCUCGUUGAGUAGUUAAUCUAGAAAACAUGAAAGUGGCAACUUCACCAAAUGAUAUCGAUUAUCAGCGUGCUUGUAUUUUCUGGAGCUUGUAUUCACUCGUGCGUGUUUGCAUCCUAGCCACUGGCUUCAUGACAUCAACUGUGUUUUCCAGGAUAAAUGCUGUAGUUUAUAUGUUGGGCGACCCCAGACCCUUUUCCCUUGCUUUGAAGGGCC